GAUCACAUAUAGACAACUGAAGCUGUUGGUCUUUCUUUUCUGUUUCCUUCUUCUCGAUAAACAGCUCACAGGUCGACUGUUGUUUUUCUUUUUUGUCGUUUUGCCUUCCCUUUUCCUCUUUGGUGUAGGAUCUUGAUUUGUCACUCUCCAGACAGGCCAAAAGCAGAGAAACCGUCCAAGAUGGCGUUGCCGAAGAGAAUCAUCAAGGAAACUGAGCGCCUGAUGGCGGAGCCGGUUCCCGGCAUCAACGCUGUCCCGCACGAAGAUAACUUGCGCUACUUCGAUGUCUCGAUCCACGGACCUGCACAGUCGCCGUACGAAGGCGGCAUCUUCCGUCUCGAACUGUUCUUGCCCGAGGACUACCCCAUGACUCCCCCGAAGAUCCGCUUCUUGACGAAGAUCUACCACCCCAACAUCGACCGGCUGGGACGGAUCUGCUUGGACGUGCUCAAAAACAACUGGUCUCCCGCUUUACAAAUCCGCACGAUCCUACUCUCAAUCCAGGCCUUGCUGGGUGCCCCGAACCCCGACGACCCGCUCGCCAACGACGUUGCUCAACGCUGGAAGGAGGAUGAGCCGGCUGCCAUACAGACCGCGAAAGAGUGGACUAGAACCCACGCCAUGACUUAGAUGCAUGCGGUUCAAUUCUUGGGAACGGGGGAG